AUGGCACAAUUGAAGCUCAAUGUGUCGCUCACCUUGUUUAUUGUUGGUUUCCUAUGUACACUGGCCUCCUCACAUACAGCUUACCAAUAUCUGAUGUUUGUUACUCAAUGGCCUAAGUCAGUAUGUUAUAGUAUGUCGGUGCCCUGCAGUAAAACUCCCCCUAUAGUUUUUACGGUUCACGGCCUUUGGCCGUCAAACUAUACUGGUUCUACCUUGACGUGCUCCGGUGCGCCAUUUGAUGAACCCCUGAUGAAUCAACCGCAACAAGCAGCACUAAAAGCACACUUGGAACAACAUUCCUGGCCAGAUGUGCUGCAGGGAAAUCAUAUGGGCUUCUGGAGGCAUGAGUGGUCGGCUCAUGGAAGUUGCUCCGACAACGUCUUUGCACAGACAGAAUAUUUCAAAUGGUGUGAUGAGAUGUGGAAGGAAAAGCCGAUCAACGAGAUCCUUGGCAGGUCGUCGAUCGUACCAGGACGCAACAAGUACUAUUCCCGCCCUGACAUUGAAAAUGCCAUCAGAGCUAACACUUCACAUACCCCUGACAUCCGCUGCACCCUGGUUUCAGGAACAUACAUGCUGUUUGAAGUAGUAAUUUGCGUUGAUUAUUACGGGAAAAAUAUUGUUGAUUGUGUAGUUAGAAGCAAAACACCUGCCAUGAAAACAUUUUGUCCACCUUCUAAUCCUUCUAUAUUAUACCCCAACUGA